UUGGAUAUAAUAAUUCCAGAGCCCUAGAUUCCUCAAUCCUAGCAUUGCAUAAGUUGUUUCCCUUGAGAGCAAGGGGGCAAUAGAAACCCGAUCACAUACUACUGUGAAACAAAGCAGAAUACCUUUACGAUGACGGAUUACGAAGCACGGUAUCAAGGCAACGGCGAGGACGCCGACAACGAGUAUGCCGACGAUGGUUCCUCUCCUCAGCCUCGUGACAGCAGCUUUGGCGGUCCUGACGAUCAGAGCGAUUCCAAAUUCCAGCAUGGAUCUCGUGAUUACAAGAGGGACUCUUCAAGAAGUAGGGAGAAGGAGAAAGAGCGUGAUAAGGAGAGGGAGAAAGACCGCCGCCGGGACAGGGACAGGGACAGAGAGAAAGAAAGGGAAAGGGACCAAGACAAGGAUCGUGACCGCCAUCGUAGAGAUCACCACAGGGAUAGGAGUAGAGAGCGCAGUGAGAGAAGGGAGCGGGGAAGGGAUAGAGAUGAUGAUAAUCAUCGAAGCCGAGAUUUUGAUAGGCGAAGAGAUUAUGAUCGGGACAGGGAGGAGAGCCAUAAGCGCCAUUCACGGUCUCAAUCAAGGGGUAGAUCUGAACGCAGAUCAAGGUCACGCUCUCGUUCACUUUCAAAGAGCAAAAGGAUGAGUGGGUUUGACUUGGCUCCUCCUGCUUCAGCAAUGGUGGUUGCUGGUGCUGCUGCCAAUGCAGGUACAUAUAUCCAUAUAUUUAAGAUUAGAUUGGCAUAAUUGUUUAACUACUACUUUUUUUUUUAUUUUCCUUGGCCUAGUGUGGAAAAGUUCCUAUCAAAAUACUGGGUGAUUUUGGCAAUGGCGUGAGCCGACUUCUGUAGCCUUUAUGUACAAGAAGGAAUCAAAUGCACCGAUUUGAUGGUAUUGUUCAUCUUCAACUGGCAACUAUUGCCCUAAAUACUUCCU